GACAGCUGCUUAGUUACUCAGACUUUGACACUCGUCCUGUCGGUCCCCUGGCUGCUUGUUGCUCCAAGCUGAUAUUCGGUAGCCGUUGUAUCGCUUACUACCAUUCAGAUGCUAAUAAAGUAUCUUUAAUUUCGCUCUACAACAAAACUUCCGGAGAGAAACAAACACUUCCUUGAAACGUUAUCGUCUGUCGUUGCACGCCUCAAUGGACGCUGUUCAGACGUUGACGUCUGGAUUUUCUCUGGACCUGGGGCCGAUGAAAGAACCUCUUGGCUUUAUCCGUGUCUUAGAAUGGGUCUUCACCAUCUUUGCCUUUGCCACCACUGGAGGUUACACCGGGACUACCCACUUCACACUCAAAUGUCCAGGAGACAAAGAUAAGCCAAUCGAGCCAAUGUUUGGCUACCCGUUCAGGUUGCCAGCUCACUCGUAUAAGAUGGUGUCAUGUAACGGCAGCCAAGUCAACGAGACCUUCCUGCAGGGGGACUUCUCCUCCUCGGCAGAGUUCUUUGUGUGCGUCGGUGUGUUUGGAUUCCUCUAUUGCACUGCCACACUGAUCCUCUACCUGGGCUACCAGAACGUCUACCGCCAGACCAGCCGUGGUCCCAUCGUAGACCUGGGGGUGACCGCUGCCUUUGCCUUCCUGUGGCUUGUGUCCUCUUCAGCCUGGGGCAAAGGCCUGACUGAUGUCAAAUGGGCCACAAACCCAGAGCAACUGGUUCAAAUUCCAUUGUGCGACGGCAACUGUGAGCCCGGAGAUUUCCCUUCCAUGGGCCGCCUCAAUGCCUCUGUGAUUUUUGGUUUUUUGAACUUGAUACUGUGGGCCAGUAACUGCUGGUUCAUUUUCAAGGAGACUUCUUUUCACAAGGACCCCAACCCACCGGCCACCAGUGAGGAAGGAGGGACCCCGGGGCCCUAGACACAUCACUUACGGCCCUCGAGCUUUGCCCUCUGCCUACAGCAAGAACCGCUUUGUGCCCAACACUGGUCUAUGAUGUUAACCUGCAGAAACUGAAACAAAUGGAAGCCUAUUGUCUUUAAUACUCCUGUGUACCUGCCAACACAGCUCCAGGUAUUUAGCUUGCAUUUACUUGGUCCCCACUGAUGACCGGCAAUCCUAAAUUCUUUGUUAUUUUUCUCCUGAAUGUUGCGGUCUGUAUUUUUUGAUGAUUACAGCAGGAGCUGCAGUGCAUGUGCUUCCACAUUGUCCUCCCAGGGAGCCCCUUAAUGGUGAAGCUGUGAUACAAGAACCCAGAGUCUCUACUGGUCUUUAGCUAGGGGGCGGGAUUUCCAAGCCAAAUGAUUUCCAAAAUUGAAAUGCAAACAACCCUCACGGUGAAUAAAAUUAAAUGCUGCUAAGACAAAUGCAGUCCAAAUUUUUUAGUUAGCAGCAAAUGCACACAUGGGGUUCUCAGCAGGGGUUCGUCUGCUUUUAUGUAAUCUGUAAGCACAGGCAGUAGAGUUCCCAAGUACUGUAACUAAACCGUAAACUAAACAUUUCUGUCAAUAGAUAUAUUGAAUGCUCUUUUUUUGUCUAAGAUCUAUGCUUUUCAAUCUAAAGGCAUUUUCUUGGUCAUCUUGCGGUUUAAUUAAUCACCACAAGAUUUCCCAAUUUGGGUUCUAAUCUAUUGACACUCAAAUAUACUUAAUAACCCUAUGGGUGUUUAUUUCUACAAUCUUUGGUUUCCUUGAUCUUAAAAAUAAAACACACACGUGAAAGGACAAACACACUACAAUAUACUGGACUUCAUAUUACCAAUAGCACACUUUUCCUCCCAAACUGUCAUUUGGGAUGAUGCUUGAGGUUGUCUGUGCCAGCGUUUAUGUUCAGCCUGUACCAGAAGCAGACGGUUCUCACGUUUACUCCAGAAGCCGUUCUACUUUAGACAUGUUUAGAUCCUGUUUGAUCCAAAUGUUACUCCUCAACAUCACAUCUUAUUCUGGUUUGAGUGAAAGGUGACUCAGUUACUCACUUGUUUAUAUAGUUAAGAUGUUUUUUUUUAAUCUACACUAAUUGGUCUGCUGCAUCUUUUAAAAUCCCAUGUUGGGUUUUGGUUUAUUUCUCAAUAGAAACGUUUUAGUGCGCAGCUUCUCCUUGAUUAUUUUUUUGUAAUGUCUGGUGUUCUGUUAAAUGUGUUGUACCACAAAGUAGCCUCAUGCUGAAUCGUGUGAUGAUAAAUAGUUGAAUUAACCAAAGAUUCAUUUAAUCUUGCUGUAUUUCUUAAUGACUCCUUUCUGUGGUUGUGCCCUUCAUGUAUUCAUCCAUUAGAGUGCAACUCUUCACAUUCACUACUGCACUGCACUUAGAGGAAUCCGUAUAGAGUUUGAUUUCCCCGCCAUGGCCUCUGGAUGAAAUAAACAAAAGAAAUUUACUUUGCACAUAUCAAAAUCAGCAACCUUUUUAAGACGCUUAAUAUUUUUAAAAUGUAAUUAGGACACUAAUGGGGAAUGUUUAUGAAAUGACUAUUGAAAUAAGAUUGCCUUUUAUCUGGGUUUAUAUGUGCUGCCAAGUGUGAAAAAUAUUCUGUCUCCUUUCUUGAUCCCAAUGCAAAAUGGCUUUAUGAAUGAGCACAUAUGUAUACCCAUACCAUGUUUGCCAUACCGUUAAAAUGGGCGCGAAUAAAAGCUUUUACAGGUU